AAUAAAAUGACAAUUUCUUAGUGUGGGUGUAAUUUGAUAGAAACUUCUAAAUUUAAUGUUAAUUAAAAAAAAUACUCAAAAAUGAUGAAACUACCAUAAAAAAUCAUGUUAUUGCCAAUCACGAAUCAUGUUUAAUUAUCGGGGUAAGAAUUGAAGACUUUAUCUAAUAAAAUGGCCUAUAAAAGAAUACUAAGUUCCAAAAUAAAAAUACCAGAAAAUGAACAUGAGGACUUCCCCACAGUAGCUAAUGAUGCUUUACCAUUUGCAUCCGCUCUAUGUGAAGUAAUUCGUAACAGUAGAAAUCUAAUUUCCUCCCCAGUACCAAGCAGAGCAAGCAGAAUCGAAACUAGUACAAUAAGAAAUCAAAUUCCUAUCAAUACUCAUCCAGUUAUGGCAAAAAUUCAAGCCAACAGCAAGCUCGAGGACAGAAAUUUCACAUUUAAAGGUCCAAUACCGAAUAGAUAUUGCAACAACCAAAAUUUAGAAAAGCCUUUCGGUUCAAUUUCUGGAGAAAUAUUUUCCGACGUCUCUUCCCAAUAUUCACAUAAUUCUAAGAUAAACACACACAUUUCUUCGGGUCACAAUGCAACAGGCUCUAAAUGGCAAAGUUCAUCAAAAACUUCGGGCACAAUGGCAGAAAUGCAAUGCAUAAUCCAAACUAUAAGAAACACCAACAAAGAAAUUUUCGAAGCUCUUAACAACACAAAUAGACAAGUUACUGAAACGAUGAAGAAAAUAAAUGUGGACGUCGAAAAUGCUUUGGUAAAAAUAAUAGCUCGAAACGCACAAAAGGAAAAAACUAAAAGUCUCCCUGUGAAGCACACUAAAACCUGCUCAACAGAAACUGUACCAGUUGAUCCAAAAACAUUAAAAGCUAUUAACAAAAAAUCUACAAGCAAAAAUUAUAAAUCAAAAACUGAUAAUAGUUCUUCAAAGAAAAUUAAAAGUCAAAAACUAGAUAAUAUUAACGUUGACUCCACUUCUAAAGAUGCUAAUAAGUUAAAAGACAAAAAUCCAUAUGAAAAUGAAAAUGGAAAAAUACUGAAUAAAAAUGUAUUAGCAAAUGCUGCUAAUCAUAUUGAAUUAAAAAAGUCUCACAGUUUUUCUGAUUUUUCUUCAUUAGAAAUAGAACAGAAGUUAAAGGAUAAAAUUAGGAAAGAAGUAAAAGAAGCUUUGACUGGCGAAAUAAAAGAAACGAAUGUAUCAGAAACGAAUAAUAAAUGUUCUGUAAUGUUCUCCUUCCCUGAUACAGAGAAUGUUUCAGUAGAAGACGAUCGACUAAAAAAUAAAGAAGUUAAAAACGAUAACGAUGAAAACAUAAAUAAAAAUAGAAAUAUACUGAACAAACACACAGACCAAUCUGUAUAUCAUGAGAACUCGAAGUGCUUAGAAUCAUGGCAAGAACAAAAAAACAAAAAAAAAGAUGAAACUAAAGAAUACAAAGAUAAUACAAUAAGUGUAAGUGUUGAAAGAAAAAAGUCAGAAACGAAAUCCUCGGAAAAAAUAUCAAAAAAGAAAAGCAAAAGUAGUAAAAAUCGAAUCAAAAUCACCCAAUCAAUUGGCACUGAAAUGACUUCUUGUAUAUGUAAUGAAUGUUUAAAGAAAUUAAACAGCAGACAAAGUUUAAGUAAAAGAAGUAUGAACAGCAAACAGCCAUCCUGUGAAAUGGAAAAAGUUCUAGAAGACGAAGAAGGUCCUUCUUCAGAAUUCUUGUUAGCAGAGCAAUUUCGUAGUUCAGAAAUAAUUGAAAAACAGAGUCGAGAUUCCAAAAAUGUGAAAUAUGAAAAGUUAUUGCCAAAUUCUGAUUCAAACAAGAAAAAUAAUCUAGAUUCAGUUAAUAUGUUUUAUCCUGUUCAAGUAAAGACAUGGUUUCAAAAUAGAAGAGCCAAAUGGAGGCGAUGUAAUAGUGUUUCUUCAAAUUCUUCAGAAUCAGUAAAAGGAAUUUAUAAUGAUGAUAGUGAGAAUGAAUUGGGUGAAAUUGACCUUUCCAGAUCUACAUCACCAUUGAGAAGAAGUGCACUAUAGACUUCUAAUUACCUGUAGAAAUAAUUGUUUAUUUUAACAAUAUGACCUAUUAAUUAUUUAAAGAUAACACAUUUACUUAAGUAUUUUUUGGAUUUAAUUAAUUAUGUAAACUUUUAUAGAUCUCUUAAACAAUUAAACUGUCUCAAAUAA